UCCCUCCCCUCAGCUCCCACUCCGGCAGCCAGCGAGGCCAGAGAGCAGCCCCAGGCCCCACGCGCUCCACCCCACUCCCAGCUCGGCCCCGACUCCCCUCCUCCCUUUCCCCCAGUCACGUGACCAUCCCGGCUACAUCUCGGACUGGAGAGCCGGACUCAGGGGCUGUCUGGGGUUGGGGGGCGGUGACUGUAGCGAGCGUGGCGCGCGCGCGCGCGGCCCGAACGAACAGCAUGGAACGCGCCCGGGAGGGCUCUCCUAGCUCCUACCCUCCUUCUCCUCCUCCUCCUCCUCCUCCUCCUCUUCCUCCUCCUCGCGCCUAGAACCUUGGAGUUGGGGAAGCUCCCCUCGGGGGAGGAGGAAAGGAGGGAGGAGAAAGUGCGCGAGACCCGGACCACCCCCUCCACCCUAGGGAUAGGGGCGGGGCAGUGCCCCGAGCCUAGUGCAUGCGGCGGGCUGGGGCAUCCUGGAGGAGCCUCGGUGUCCGGCCCUCGCGCCGUGAGUGACCCUGCCGCGCGCGUGCGGGAGGGAGGAGGAGGAAGAGAAGGAAGCAGCCGCAGCAGCAGAACGCGGAGCCGGGCGCGGAAGGAGCCGAGAGAUGGCCAGCGACGCGCUUCAGGGGGACCCACAUAGAGAGGCCUGGGACAGGCAGGAAAGAGGAAGUAGCAGAUAACAGAGCUCUGGGCCCAGCCAGGAAGAGAGGGCGGAGCUACCCAAGGACCCAGGAUGGCGGAAGCUGAGCCCCCCUCGGACCUGGAGCUAGAGAGUGAUCCCGGCAGUUGGUCGGUGCUGGAGCAGCUAGGCCUGGCAGGAGCAGACCUGGCAGCCCCAGGGGUCCAGCAGCGCCUGGAGCUGGAGGUGGAACGGCUGCGGCGAGAGAUCCGAAAGGAGCUGAAGCUGAAGGAGGGGGCAGAAAACCUGCGGCGGGCAACCACAGACCUCGGCCGAAGCCUGGGGCCGGUGGAGCUGCUGCUUAGGGGUUCCACACGACGCCUGGACCAGCUGCACAGCCAGCUGCAAGAGCUCCAUGGCCUUGUGGUGCUGCAUGAGCCCAGUCAGGCCCAGCCCCAGCUCGGCCAGGCCCAGGAUGGCCCCCAGUCCCCCAACUGCACGGCCACCAGUCUGAGCCUGGUGGCUGGCUUGGAGAAGCAGCUGACCAUCGAACUCAAGGUCAAACAAGGGGCAGAAAACAUGAUCCACACCUACAGCAAUGGCAGCACCAAGGACCGGAAGCUGCUGCUCACCGCCCAGCAGAUGCUGCAGGACAGUAAGACCAAAAUUGAUAUCAUUCGCAUGCAGAUUCGAAGGGCCUUACAAGCCGGGCAGCUGGAGAACCAGGGCUCGGAAGAGUCCCAUGGGGGCCCGGACCUGGGGGCAGUGGAGCUGCGCAUCGAGGAGUUGAGGCACCACUUCCGAGUGGAGCACGCCGUGGCCGAGGGGGCUAAGAACGUGUUGCGCCUGCUCAGUGCUGCCAAGGCCCCGGACCGCAAGGCUAUCUCCGAGGCCCAGGCCAAGCUGACAGAGUCCACCCAGAAGCUGGCGCUGCUUCGGGCAGCCUUGGAACUCCGCCUUGGGGAGCUGCCCGCCGAGCACCCCAAGGGGCGACUGCUGCUGGAGGAGCUGGCCAUGGCUUCAUCCUCCGCCUUCAGCGCCCGCCUUGGUCCCUUCCCCGCCACUCACUACAGCACGCUCUGCAAACCCUCGCCCCUCACAGGGACUCUGUCAGUACGUGUGCUGGGCUGUAGUGGGCUUCCUGAGACUGUGCCUUGGAAUUCUCCAUCAACUUCAGGGAACUCAGGCACCCCUGAAGGCCGUACCCCUUUUCUGGGCCGCCCAGCCAGGGGCCUCUAUAGCAGAAGUGGCAGCCUCAGUGGCAGGGGCAGCAUCAAGACUGAGGAGCCAACCAAUGAGGUCAGUGCCGUGCUCAAGGUAGACAACACAGUGGUGGGCCAGACACCAUGGAAGCCAUGUGGCCUGAAUGCUUGGGACCAGAGCUUCACCCUGGAGCUGGAAAGGGCCCGAGAGCUUGAACUAUCUGUAUUCUGGAGGGACCAGCGUGGCCUGUGUGCCCUUAAAUUCCUGAAGCUUGAGGAUUUUCUGGACAACCAGAGACAUCAGGUGCAAUUGGAAUUGGAGCCUCAAGGCUGUCUUCUGGCAGAGGUCAUCUUCCACAACCCCGUGAUCGAGCGGAUCCCACGGCUCCAGAGGCAAAAGAAGGUGUUCUCCAAGCAGCAGGGCAAGGCUUUCCUUCGAGCCCGGCAAAUGAACAUUGACAUUGCCACGUGGGUGCGGCUCCUUAGGCGGCUCCUUCCCAGUGCCAAUUCCACAGGCACUUUCAGCCCUGGGGCCACCACAGCUGAAAGCCGAACCUCAGGGGACAUUUCCAUUGAGAAGCUCAACCUGGACUCUGAUAGCUCCACCCAGAAAAGUCCCCUGGAUCUCCUCUCCAGCCCCUCCAGCCUUUCCAGCCCCUCCUCCCUGAGUCCCAGAAGCCAAGAUCCACCACAGUCCCUGGAAUCGAUGCCUGAAGACAAAGAGACCUCCGGACCCACCCCAUCCAGCCCCCUGAGGACAUCCCCACUGAGCCUGAACGACUUCAAAUUCCUGGCGGUACUGGGCCGAGGCCACUUUGGGAAGGUGCUGCUAUCGGAGUAUCUGCCCAACGGGGAGCUCUUUGCCAUCAAAGCCCUGAAGAAGGGAGACAUAGUGGCCCGGGACGAGGUGGAGAGCCUGAUGUGUGAGAAGCGGAUUCUGGCCGCUGUGACGGGCGCCGGCCAUCCCUUCUUGGUCAAUCUGUUCGGCUGCUUCCAGACCCUCGAGCACGUGUGCUUUGUCAUGGAAUACGCGGCCGGCGGGGACCUCAUGCUGCACAUCCACAGCGACGUCUUUACGGAACCUCGAGCGGUCUUCUAUUCUGCUUGUGUGGUGCUGGGGCUGCAGUUUUUGCAUGACCACAAGAUUGUCUACAGGGACCUGAAAUUGGACAACUUACUGCUAGACACCGAAGGCUACGUGAAGAUCGCCGACUUUGGGCUCUGCAAGGAAGGGAUGGGCUUCGGUGACCGAACCAGCACAUUCUGUGGGACCCCAGAGUUCUUGGCUCCCGAAGUGCUGACUGAUACAUCUUACACGAGGGCAGUGGACUGGUGGGGGCUGGGCGUCCUUCUCUAUGAGAUGCUUGUGGGGGAGUCCCCAUUCCCUGGAGAUGAUGAAGAGGAGGUGUUUGACAGCAUUGUCAAUGAUGAGGUCCGCUACCCUCGCUUCCUCUCAACAGAAGCCAUUGGCAUCAUGCGCAGGCUACUUCGACGGAACCCAGAGAGACGUCUGGGCUCUGGUGAGCGGGAUGCUGAGGAUGUGAAGAAGCAACCAUUCUUCCGGACCCUGGGCUGGGAGGCAUUACUUGCCCGCCAGCUGCCACCACCUUUUGUUCCCGUGAUCAAGGGCCGGACAGACAUCAGUAACUUUGAUGAGGAGUUCACUGGGGAGACCCCAGCUCUGACACCUCCCCGGGAGGCUCGACCCCUCUCCGCUGCCGAGCAAGAAGCAUUCAGGGACUUUGACUACGUUUCUAAGGGCUGCUAGCGCUGCCUCUCCCCAAAGGACAAUGAAUGGACUGAACCCUUCUCUCCACACCAUUCUCUGCAGUUUGUAGUUUUUAAAAGGCCUUUGGGGUUUGCCCCCAUCAGAGUAGCCUCUGCCUCCUUCUUAUGCGCCAGGGGUUGUGUGGGGAUGGGGGAUGUCAGUGCCUGGAGAAGUGAGGGGGAGGCCAUGAAGGGAGCUACUUAUUAUCUGUGACCGUAGGCAAAUAACAACUGCUUUGGGCUUCAUUUUCCUUAUUGGAGAGGCUUCGAUGAUCGACAAGGUCUCUUCUAGGCUGAAAUUUAUGCUCCUGUUAUCUGAUGACCUUGACAGGAAUGGGGCCUUGAGUGCUCUAGUUUGGGCUUUGGUGGGAGAAGGAAUGGGAGAGGAGUUUCUACCCAAGAAGGAGAAGGAACUGUGCAGGAGAUUCGGAGGGCUGUGGGAUUGCAAAGAAAGCCAGAGUUUGAGUUUGGAAGAAGCUGAGAAGAUGAAGGAGCAGGAAGAUUCAAGUUGAAGGAGGACCGGAGGAGAGAUGGAGGGGACAGUAAGUGAAGGCGAGGAGGUGUGGCUCUCAAGCUGCUAACAGGAAAAGAAGCGAUGGCCCCACUUUUGAAGACCCUCAUUUGCAGUUUGCCACAAGAGUUCUCUGGCAAAUCUAUCAAGAAGGAAGAGAGAUGCUGAAGACCUCACUUCUAGCAAGGUACGGAGAACAGGCAGAAAUCUGCAAUGACCUGCAGAGAGUGAGGGAUUAGAGAUACACGGUGUUUCUAUGUCUGCCCCGGCCACGUGGGGUUAGCUGUUAUCAGUGUUCAAAGUCCAGGCUGGCCUCCCUCCUAGAAGACAAGGUAUCCCACCUAGACAGGCUAAUGCCUCUCUGCUCUCCAGUUACCAGGGAGAAUUGUGGUCCUUUAAAGAGUCAAAUGAAUGGUUUCAGGGGGGAAACAAAAUAAGAGAUCUGAAGAUGCAGCUGGGAAUCCUCACCUGUGUGGGGAGCUCAGAAGGAGGAAGAGAAGAAAGAUUACUGAGCUCUGACACAAAUAGAAUGAAGCUAGUCCUCAAGAGGAAGGAGCUAGAUUCUAAAAGCUGUUGCUUCCUCUCCCUUCAAGGAAAGAUGAUGUAGAUUCACAGGUGAGAGAGAAUCCAGGAAGGGUAAGAGGAAGAGGAGGUCAGGAGUGGGGGGUUGUGGAUAUCUCUGCAGAAGGGGUAAUAAGGAAGCUCUUUGUCACCCUGAUAAUAACAAAAAAAAUCUGCUGUCUUCAUGGGGCAUAUUUCCAGGAAGUGACAGAGAACCUUCCAACACUUGUCAAGCUAUAUAACUGCUACUCACUUCUUAUGAUCCAAAGUGUUCACAAAUGUUUCUGCCAGGAAGGCUCUCGAAAGCACUGCUGGAUAUUGGGAAGCCCUGGGUUAGAAAUCAAAGUCACUGCUAUUGCUUGAAGGGAAAGACUUCUGAUUUGGAAAGUGAAUAGCUGGUUGAAGAACAUAGUAUCUGAGAAUGGGUUAUGCAUUUCUGGAUCAUAGAAUAAAAUAUAAGAAUGACA